AUGAUUUGGAUAUUUGUGGCUGUCGUCAUUGUCGCAGUUAUUGUAACGGCAGCAAUUGCUUGCUUUUUCAUGGGAUUCAACUACAAAGAAAGUGAUGGAGAAGUCAAGGUGGAUACAAGGACAGUAGAGGAAGCAGUUGGAAGAAACAGGGAAGAUAUCGCGUUGAACAAGGUCUACGGAAUAUCAGCUGAUAGAAUGACUAUGGAUAGUAUGAAGGUCUUGGAAUCCUCCAAAAGAGAUCAGUCAGGGGAUCACGCAUCUGAACCAAGGAUGCCGUCAGAGUCGGAAGAUAACAAAGUAGAAAGCAGAAGCAAAGGUGAAGAAGAAGAAGGUACCACACCGGAUUCCCCGUCAAGAUCGGUGUUUAGAAGUGCGGAGACCACGGAUAACGUGAAGACUGGAGUAUCACGGGGACCUGCCUCCAGCGUUGCUGGCUCGCAAAGUGGAUCCACAAAUGCCGUCCUCGCCAGCAGCAGCAGCACGGGACAGGUAGUCUUACCCACACCAACUACCCUGACGGGUACCUCUGCAGGUUCGACCUUUCAGUCAUCGUACGCCACUACGUCCACUCGACCAAAUGUAGCGCGGAGUGUCACACAUGUCCCCAUGUGCGAAGAUGCCGGCAGAACCCCGCCACUGUGCUCGCCGCCGCGCCUUAUGGAUGAAGUCAUGAAGCCUUCUCAAAGUGCAAUCUGA